GCGGAGCGCGCAGCCAUGGCCGACGCCGAGCGCGCCCCGGAGGCGGCGCCCGCGGACCCCGAACGGGGCGAAGCGCAGACGGACGGGGAGAGUGGGCGGCUGCCGCCCCCCGAGGAGGCGGCAGCGGCGGCGGCGGCGGAGGGCGCGGGGGACCACGAGGCGCGGCCGUCGGAGGGCGGCGCGGCGCAGCCCGGGCUGAGGCCGCGGUACCGCGCGGCCGUGGGGCGCGCCCAGGAGUGGCCCGCGAAGAAGAAGCACCGUCGUCGGCCGUCGAAGAACAAACGGCGCUGGAAGCCCUACUCGAAGCUGAGCUGGGAGGAGAAGCAGCAGUUCGACGAGCGGCAGAGUCUGCGCGCCUCGCGGCUCCGCGCGGAGAUGUUCGCCAAGGGGCAGCCCGUGGCCCCCUACAACACCACGCAGUUCCUGAUGGAGGACCACGACCAGGAGGAGCCCGACCUGAAAACCGGGCUGUACCCGCGGCGCUCCGCCGCCAAAUCGGACGAUACGAGCGAGGAGGACUUCCUGGAGGAGGCGGCCGAGGAGGACGGCGGCAGCGAUGGGAUGGGGGGGGACGGCAGCGAGUUCCUGCAGAGGGACUUCUCGGAGACGUACGAGCGGUACCACGUGGAGAGCCUGCAGAACAUGAGCAAGCAGGAGCUGGUGAAGGAGUACCUGGAGCUGGAGAAGUGCCUCUCCCGCAUGGAGGACGAGAACAACCGCCUGAGGAUGGAGAGCAAGAAGCACGGCGAGGCGGUGGAGGCGGCACGGCUGCUGGAGCUGGAGGUGGACCGACUGCGGGCGGAGAACCUGCAGCUGCUGCGGGAGAGGGACGUGAGAGCGGCGGAGGCGGCUCCGGAGUGAGCGACCCUCGGAGCGGAGCUGCGGGACGCGGCGCUCAGCCCUCCCCCUUUGGGGGCGGGUGGGGAGGGGUCGCUGUCAAAGUGAACUCAUGAUGAUGCUCUUUUUUUUCCCUCCUCCUCCUCGUGUGUGUGUGUGUUUAAACCAAAAAGGAAAAAAAAAAAAAGAAAAAAGAAAAAAAAGUGUAAAUUGGCC